ACUACCACCUUAAAAAAAAAACUACCAUCUGAAAAGAAAAAAAAAAACUUCCAUCUGAAAAAAAAAAGAAAAGAGAAUCGAGCCUCUUUACACACACGAGUUUUCGUAUGUCGCUUAGCUUGCAAGUAUAAAACUAAAACAAUCAAACUAUACAUGUACUAACAAAGGCGGAGACAAGGUGGCCAAGAAUGUGAUGGUGGUGAUGGAGCAGGCAAAGAGAGAAGUUCAUUGGGAAAGAGAUUUUAAAAAAGGUUGGGAUAGGGAUAAGAAGAAGAAGAAGAAGAAGAAGAAGAAGAAGAAGAAGAAGAAGAAGAAGAAGAAGAAGAAGAAGAAGAAGAAGAAGAAGAAGAAGAAGAUAGAGGUUAAUUAAGAAAAUGGGACAGAAUUAUCAAGUUUUCUUUGAGAGACCUGAAGAACAAUUAGGGGUUAUAAUAUAGUUGAAAGUUAGGUCAAAAUAGUGUUGCAAUUGACCCUAAAACGAUUUUCAAAAGUAUAUGAAAAUCAAAUGGCCUUCAACCGUAUUUAUAUAUCCUGUAUAAUUUUUAAUUUUUUUUAAUUUUUUUUAUCAUGUAAAAAUAAAUUUAGACUAUAUGAUUAACUUAUUCUCCAUAUAAAUAAUUAAAAAAGAAAAAUAACAAUAACAAUAAAUCCCCUAUGAAUUAAAAUACACAUUGAUUUUUCACAAGAGUAUUUUAUCUUGUGGUUUUAUAGAGAACAAUUCAAGUUUGUCCUAAAUUGUAUUUUGGUGAAAGAAAUAACAACACUUUCUCCCUAUGGAUCUUAAUUGGGACUUGUACCUCAUGUAUUGCUAUAUCUCACUUUCCCUACAAAGAAAGAUUAAAAAGUGUUUUGCCAAUUACCAUGAUAAAUCAAAAGGUAACAAAACAAAGAAAGAGGAAGUAGUGUUCAUGUUUUUCUGUUUCCUUUUCUUUUAAUUUUUUUUUAUUUAAGAAUGGAUAUACUUGUCCACAGUUAAAGUGAACCCAAAAUGCUGAAUUCUUACUUAAAGUAUCAACAUUAUACAAAGAUUACAAACUACAACUAUACUAGAUUUCCACUUUCUACUUCUUCCUUCCUCAUCUCUUGCUCAUUUCCAACUCCUUUUCCAUUAACACCAUUUUUAUUUUUGUGGUGGACAAUUUUACACCAUUAAUACUAUACUAUUAUACAGUUUUCAUACUUCAAUUAUCAUGCCUAGAUUAGUUAUUAUAUAUAGAGCUACGCGUAUUUGCUUCACUUUUCCCCUUCGAUGUUUUCUCAUUUACUAACCCACUUUCUUCACACUUCUUUAUUAUCAAUAUAUUACAAUCUUAUUUAUCUCUAACAUCAUUGAUUUUUAUGUGAUUUUCAUAUCCUUUUCUCAUUUUCAUCAUUACAAAAUUAUAAUCUUCUUGCAUGGAUCAACCUUUUGUCUUCUUUUUCUUCUUACAAUUCUUGUUCUUCAAGGGAACUUUUGGUGCAACAAUCACUAUAUUAAACAAGUGUGAUUACACUAUUUGGCCCGGUGUACUAUCCAAUGCGGGUAGCCCCGAUAUAGGAUCCACCGGGUUCGAGCUCUCCUCAGGCGGGUCAAGAUCUUUUCAAGCUACCCCGGGCUGGUCGGGCCGGGUAUGGGCCCGAACCCGUUGUGGGCAAGAUUCCACCUUGGGCCGGUGGGUUUGCUCAACGGGUGAUUGUAGGACGGGUCAGCUUGAGUGCACCGGGUCGGGGGCUACCCCGCCCGCAACCCUUGCUGAGUUCACCAUCGGGCAUGGACCCACCGAUCACGAUUUUUAUGAUGUCAGCCUUGUGGACGGGUUCAAUGUUCCUAUGGUCAUUGAGACCGAAGGAGGGUCUGAUUCGUGUCUACCCACGGGCUGUGCAUCUGACUUGAACCAACAAUGCCCUAGCGAGUUACGGGUCGCUGAGGGCGAUGCUUGUAACAGUGCUUGUGGCGCAUUCGGUACGCCGGAGUAUUGUUGUAGUGGCACAUAUGCAUCACCAAGUAGUUGUGCACCUUCUCAAUACUCAAAGAUGUUUAAGUUAUCGUGUCCACAUGCAUAUAGUUAUGCAUUUGAUGAUCCUACAAGUACAUAUACGUGUGUAGGUGCCGAUUAUACCAUUACAUUUUGUCCUUCUUUAACAAGCCAGCAAAAAUCUUCUCUUGGUGGUUCUCAAUCUUCAUCAACUGGAUCCGAUUUCGGAUCCGGACUUGGAUCCUUAUUUGACGAUGGUAAAUGUCACAAAAAAGUGUGCGUAGGAGGUGGUCAAUUUUUAUCAAAGAGUCCAAGCAAAAUAAUAAACCAAUUCUAUUUUGCUUGGCAAUAUAUCACUAUUUUUAUUUCCACUUUAAUAUUAUCUCUCCAAUUUUUUUCUUUAUAAUUGCAUUUUCUCUCUCUUUUUCCAUGCACAUACAUGCAGCGUAGA